GGCAAUGUAAACACUGUCUUUUUCCCCCUUGAACUUAACAAGGUAUUCACUUCUACUACUUGACCGCUUUGUAGGGAGUAAAACGAAUGUGGAUAUUCAAAAUGAAACACCUAAUUGCUUUAAUGUUCAUGGUUGUGACAGUCUCAUCAUCGCUCAGUUGUGAUAAUGACGUCAUAGUGACGUGUGAAGUACGAUGGGAGAACGAAAGCAAAGAAGCAGGAAACAAUGAACAAAAAACGUGCGAAUCGGCAAUGAGAUAUCUGUCCUGUAUAGAACCUUAUGGAGCCACCUGCUUUGAUCCCGACAGAAUGGAGUUCAACAAACAACUCAGGUCGUAUGCGUAUGGAAAACGCUGCUUUGCUAACAGUUCCACCAUUCGGAUGACGUCAUCAACCUUUGUGUUAUUCUCCUUAAUCAGUUUCUUUUGCCAUCCCGAUUAAGAUUUACGUUUAGAAUAGAAAUAUGUAAGAUAUAAAGAUUUCAAAAAGAAACAAAUUAUUAAAAUAAUAUUUUGUAAACUUUC